UGAUCAGAGGGCGAGGGCAGUGAAAGCCACAUAUAAAAGUCAAAUUUCCCGCCCAUUAUUCCCCCCCAACGCUUCUCCUCCAUCAUUUUGCUCUGUCCACCUCACUGCUACGGUGCUACCAUACUCUGGGAUUUGCCAAUUAGGGAUUCCAUCGAAGGAUCACAUCGUGCCAUGGAACCUCUGAUUCCCCGACUUGCUCAGCUAUUCAAUGAUACGCUCAGCUCAGAUGAUGCUGUUGUCAGCUCUGCAACCGAAGCCCUCGAGCGUCUCUCUGUUCUUGCAGAGUUCCCUUUCUCCCUCGUCUCCAUUGCUACCGGAGGUGAAAAUCAGGGGCAAAGAAUUGCGGCUGCUACAUAUCUUAAGAAUUUCACCGGGCGUCGUAUUGGUGGGAACAAUCCAUCUUCAAAAGUCAGUAACGAGUUUAGGACUUGUCUUCUGGGCGCUCUGCUUCAAAGCGAACUGGCAGUUCUUAAAGUCCUAGUUGAAGCUUUUCGAAUUAUUGUCGUUGCUGAAUUUGUGAAGGAGAACUCAUGGCCUGAGCUUAUAUCUGAAUUGCGGUCUGUUAUUCAGAACAGUAAUCUUAUUAGUGAAGGUGCAAAUUUUCGGUGGAACACUAUUAAUGGCCUCAUCGUUCUUCAAGCAGUUAUUAGACCAUUUCAGUACUUCUUGGAUCCAAAACUAGUGAAAGAGCCAGUUCCGCCACAACUAGAGCUAAUAGCUAAAGAAAUUCUUGUACCUUUGCUUACUAUAUUCCAUCAUUCAGUUGACAAGGUUUUAUCCAUUGAAGGAGGAGCAGAAACGGAAACUGAGAGAAUUCUUCUUAUUAUAUGCAAGUGCAUGUAUUUUGCUGUGAGAUCGCAUAUGCCAUCUGCUUUAGUCCCACUUCUGCCUACAUUCUGUCGCAAUCUAUUCCGGGUUCUGGAUUCUUUGGUUUUUGAUGGUACCACAACUUCAUCAGAAGGGUGCUUGCUGAGGCUGAAGACAGGGAAGAGGAGUUUGCUUAUCUUCUUAGCUUUGGUCACAAGACACCGAAAACAUUCUGAUAAGUUGAUGCCAGACAUGAUAAAUUCUGUUUUCAGAAUUGUAAAGCAAAGCUGUAAUACCACCAAGCUGGAUUUCUUGUCAGAGAGAAUUAUUUCAUCAGCUUUUGAUGUUAUUUCACAUGUUAUGGAGACAGGAGCUGGAUGGAGAUUAGUUUCGCCCCAUUUUUCGUCGUUGCUGGACUCUGCAAUUUUUCCGGCACUAGUAAUGAAAGAGAAGGAUGUUGCAGAGUGGGAAGAAGAUGCUGAUGAAUACAUACGGAAGAAUCUUCCCUCUGAUCUUGAAGAAAUUUCUGGAUGGAAAGAGGAUUCAUUCACUGCCAGGAAAAGCGCAAUAAAUUUGCUUGGUGUUAUUUCAAUAUCAAAGGGACCUCCAGUGGUUGCAUCAUCAUCAAAACGUAAAAAAGGUGACAAGAAGAAGGGGAAAGAGCAAUACAGCUCUGUUGGGGAGUUGUUAGUGCUCCCUUUUUUGUCACAGUUCCCCAUUCCUUCUGCUGUUGGGUCAGGCCAAGCUAGGAUUUCAAAUGAUUACUAUGGUGUUCUGAUGGCUUAUGGCAGUCUCCAAGAUUUCCUAAGAGAGCGGAAUCCUGGAUACACAACAUCUUUGGUUCAGACUCGGGUGCUACCGUUGUACUCUUUGUCACCUUCUCUGCCUUAUCUGGUAGCCACUGCAAACUGGGUACUUGGAGUCCUUGCCUCAUGUCUCUCCCAAGAGAUGAGUGCAGACAUAUAUUCGUCAUUGCUGAAAGCACUGACUAUGCCAGAUUUUGGGGAUACUUCCUGUUAUCCUGUCCGGGUAUCUGCUGCUGGGGCUAUUGCUGAACUUCUUGAAAAUGAUUACCCACCUCCUGAAUGGUUGCCCCUAUUGCAAGUUGUAGCUAGUAGGGUGGAUAUUGAAGACGAAAAUGAGUCCUCUAUUCUAUUUCAGCUUCUAAGUACUGUGGUAGAGGCUGGCAAUGAAAAUGUUGCAGUUCACAUUCCAUCAGUUGUGUCAUCUGUGGUUGGUGCUGUUUUGAAGUUCAUACCUCCUAAUCCAGAACCAUGGCCUCAGGUGGUUGAGCGAGGGUUUGCAGCACUAGCAGUGAUGGCCAAAACAUGGGAAGUUUACGUGGCUGAACAAAUUGAGCAGGACGAAUCUAGUAGCAACUGGCAAUCUGGUUGGGUAAGCAUGGCUAGGACAUUUUCAGUUCUCCUACAGCAGGCUUGGCUCACAUCCAUGCAACCAAAGGAAGGGGUUUCUCAUGAAUUGCCUCCAUCAUGCAUAGAUGAUGCGUCAACAAUACUCCGAGCCAUUAUGCGGUCUGUUACAGACCCCAGUUUGGUUUCAGAACUGAAAUUAUCAGACUUGCUUGUAGCUUGGGCCGAUCUGAUUGCAGAGUGGCAUGCUUGGGAAGAAUUAGAGGAUUUGUCGAUCUUUGACUCCAUUCGAGAAGUAGUCAACCUACAGAGAAAAUGUGAGUUAAAUAACUUAAUUAUAAGAGGGCACCCAGCUCCUCCAGCACAACCUGUGCCACAAAGAUCCAUUGUUGAAGGAAUUGGUGCUUUUGUUAGUGAAGCCAUUUCGCAAUAUCCAUCUGCAAUUUGGAGGGCGUGCUCAUGUGUGCAUUUAUUAUUACACGUUUUGAGCUUCUCAUACGAAACUGAAGGAGUCAAGCAGUCAUUGGUGAUUACUUUCAGUCGUGCAGCAUUUUCUCGUUUCAGAGAGAUCCGUAGCAAGCCUAGUGCACUGUGGAAACCCCUGUUGCUUGCUAUCUCCUCUUGCUAUUUAUGUUAUCCUGAUAUUGUUGAAAGGAUUUUGGAGAAGGAUGAGGAUCAAGGCUUCACAGUCUGGGCAUCUGCAUUGAGUUACAUCUCCACUAGCUCUUUUGAACCUGGCCUGUCACCUGAGUCCGAGAUUAAGUUAAUUGUGAUGAUUUUAACCAAGGUGGUUGAACGUCUUCUGGAACAAGCCGGGGGUCCUUGGAGUGGAUUGUUGCAGGAUUGCUUUGUUUCCCUAGUGGAGGCAACCAUACGUCUCAAAGAAGUGCAGGAAGAGGUGGAUGAAGAUGAUGGAGAAGAUGAAGAUGAUGUGGAUGUGGAAACCGAUGAAGAUGAUGAUGAUGAUGAGGAUUCUGAAGAUGAGCGUGAAGAAACAGAGCAAGAAUUUCUAGAUCGGUAUGCUGAAGAAGCUCUUGCCCUUGAAAAUGGAAUGAUUGUGGAAGAGGGCGAUGUGGAAGAUCAAGAUCAAGAGCUUGAAUUGGGUAAGCUGGUUAAUACUCUGACAGUUACUGGUUUCAUUCUCUCUCAAGUUGGGAAUUGUCUUGGGCUGCUCAGCUAUUAUUGA